AUGUUUUUAUGUUGCAAGCUGUACGGAGGUGAUCUGGAGUCAGAUUUCAGUCAGUUUCAGGACUGGCUGCAGAUCUUCCCGCUGUAUAAAGGCAGAGCGAGCAUCGAGGGUGACGAGGAGGAUGAAGAGGAGAGGCUUAUGGGAAAAUACAAGGGCUCCUUCCUGGUUUACCCGAUUGAUUCUGGAGAUGAAGAAGACACAAAAUGUCAGAUCACUAACGGGAUCCCCAAAAACUCUCCAAUCAAAGUCCUUGUCCGAGUCUACAUCGUCAAGGCCACCACUCUGGCUCCCACCGACCCCAACGGUAAGGCCGACCCGUACCUGGUGGUCCGAGCCGGAAAGCAGAGUCUGGACACCGUCGAUCGAUACAUCCCCAAACAGCUGAACCCAACGUUCGGAGAGGUGUUUGAGCUCACAGUUUCUUUUCCACUGGAGACGGAGUUGGUAGUCACGGUGAUGGACCACGAUCUUAUCGGCGCUGAUGACAUGAUUGGUGAGACGCGGGUGGACCUGGAGAACCGGUUCUAUAGCCGCCACCGGCCAUCCUGCGCCCUCGCCCUUUAUUACGACACUGAUGGUUACAAUGUGUGGCGCGAUGCUAAAAGGCCGUCCGCUGUUUUGGCUGAGCUCUGCAGCAACAACGGCAUCCUGUCUCCAGAGUACAGGACCUCAGAGGUCAAAGUCCUCAACAAAAUCUUCAAGAUCCCAUCUGACGCAAUACCUGAAGGUCUGCUGAAGAAGAACCAGCGGUCUCCAGAGGAGGAGGCAGAGAUAGAGGAGCACGCGGCCCUGAGCGUGCUGCAGCGCUGGGGGGAGAUGAACGAGUUCCUCCCUGGAGCCGUCCCUCUGGUGCCAGAGCACGUGGAGAUCAGGUCUCUGCUCAGCCAAGAUAAACCUGGACUGCCACAGGGUUACCUUCAUAUGUGGGUGGACAUGUUUCCUAAUGAUGUCCCUGCUCCGCCCCCUGUUGACAUCAAACCACGCCUACCUGAACAGUACGAGCUGCGAGUGAUCAUAUGGAACACCGACGACGUCUUUCUGGACGAUGUGAACCCGUUCACCGGCAUCCCGUCCUCCGACAUCUACGUGAAAGGCUGGAUAAAAGGACUCGACGGGGAAAAACAGGAGACUGACGUCCACUUUAGCUCUCUGACUGGAGAAGGAAACUUCAACUGGAGAUUUGUCUUUCGCUUCGACUACCUUCCUACAGAGAAAGAGGUGGUGUUUAAGAAGAAGGAGUCCUUCUUCUCUCUGGAGGCGUCAGAGUUUCGACAGCCGGCCGUUCUGACGCUGCAGGUCUGGGACUACGACCGCAUCGCUGCCAAUGACUUUCUGGGCUCCAUAGAGUUGCGUCUGAACGACAUGGUGCGGUCGGCAAAGUCCUCCACUAAGUGUACGAUCGCGAUGGCGAAGGAUCGGGCCAGCCCUCGAUUCUCCAUCUUCCGCGCCAAGAAGAUGAAGGGCUGGUGGCCGCUGAUCCGCCAGAAGACAGCCGAGGACUUCGAGAGGGAGGAGAAGGAGAAGGAGGAGGCCAAGAAAAAAGGAAAGAAGAAGAAGAAGGACAAAAGGAGUGCCAUGAGACAGGAGGACAUCCAGUUCACCGACAGCAGCGGCAGCACGUUCCUGCUAAUGGGGAAGGUGGAGGCAGAGUUGCAGCUGGUAACAUUGGAGCAGGCGGAGGCUAACCCUGUGGGACGGGCCCGCAAAGAGCCAGAGCCUCUGGACAAACCAAAUCGUCCCUCGAUCAGCUUCACCUGGUUCGUCAACCCGAUGAAGACCUUUAUCUUCCUCAUCUGGAAGAAGUUUAAGAAGUUCAUCAUUGCUCUGGUCAUCCUCGCCAUCCUCACGCUCUUCCUCGGGCUCAUCAUCUACACGCUGCCGCAGCAGAUCGCCUCCAUCAUCAUCAAAGGAUGAAGAAGACUGUCUCAGGUUUCCUGGACUGAUCUACAUUACUUGUACAUCGCAUUCACUACUUAGUCUGAUCAUUUAAACUCAUGAUUUAUUAUGUUUACUGUACGCUGACUGCACUACAUUACCCAGCAUCCUCAUUUAUAUAGACACAAAUUACUGCAAAUUUUAAUACACAUAUUUAUAUCAUGUAAAUUGAAGACAGUGUGCCGCGCCGCACUCAAAAAUAAAUAAAUAUAAUUAUCUUGUAUAAAACUCUAUUUUUGUUGAUUACAUUUUAUAUGUUGAAGGUAAAUAAGUUAAUAAAAAUGAAUAUUUUCUGUUUAACUUUG